UUAUUGGCUCAAAUGGAACAGCUCAAUAGUGCCAAUGUAAACGAUCCAAAGGCUCAAAUAAUUCUCAAUCUCAAAAGACAAACUAUCCGCAAGAGUCUCUCUCUCCACAAUAAGGGCGAUGAUUAUGAUUGGGACUUUUGGGCGUUUGCGAUAUGUGAUUUUGAGCAGGCCUCAAAGAACCAGCCGUUACUAAUCAGUAAUGUUCGACGUGGUAUUCCUCCUUCACUUCGAGGCAUGGUCUGGCAAUUACUAGCCGAGACAAAGGAACUUGAUCUUGAAACACAGUAUAUGAAUCUUCUCAAGAAGUCAAGCCCUUAUGAAAAGAUGAUUCAGCGUGAUCUGGCCCGCACCUUUCCAGGCCAUACCUUCUUCAAAGAACGUGAUGGUCUUGGUCAGGAAGGGCUUUAUAAUGUUGUGCGUGCCUAUAGUAUGUAUGACCAAGAAGUUGGAUACUGUCAAGGCCUUGCAUUUAUUGUUGGACCUCUGCUACUCAACAUGCCAGAUGAAGAAGCAUUUUCUGUUCUUGUUCAGUUAAUGAGUAAACACAGUCUACGUGGUCAUUUUACUCCAGACAUGGAAGGGUUACACAUGAGAUUAUUUCAGUUCGAGGCACUUGUUGCGGAGCACCUGCCUCAUGUGUCACGCCAUCUCGAGCAACAGGGUGUAGGAUCGACCAUGUAUGCCUCUCAGUGGUUUAUGACACUUUUUGCCUACAAGUUCCCGCUCAAUUUGGUUUACCGGAUAUAUGACGUUUUGUUAGCAGAAGGCAUUGUGUCGAUAUUUAAAUUUUCAAUUGCUCUUUUGAAGCAUAAUCAAGCCGUCAUUCUCGGCCUAGACUUUGAACAUCUUUUGGACUUUUUGAAGAACGGAUUAUUUGAGAAAUACAAGGAUGAUGAUCGUCGCCUUGUGGAUGAUGCGGGUGUACUCGAGAUUCCUAGUCGAAGAUUGGCUCAGUUGGAAAAGGAUCACAAGACUCAAUCUGUCAAAGAAGCCGCAAAUGCCAGAGUUCUGGAGGAACUCCAGCGA